CGCGACAUUAACACAUCGUAGUGAAUCCAAUGUUUACAAGUUUUUUAUAGUGCCUUGUGUUUUUGACGAAAUCCGAGACUGUGAGACAGGCAUGCUGAGCUGCGCGCCGCCCGCCGGCAUGCCGCCCGCCCACGCCGCGCACGCUCAACCAUGGGCCGCGUUGCUGCAACCGCCUCCUAUCGUGAAAUCUGAACCUAUGGAAGAUGGUAGUUUCUCGAAGGAACAGACGAGCGGUUUCUACUCUGACGGUUUCCACAGUGCGUCCCCUUCAUCAAGCAAGGAUUCGAACGGGCACUCUCCUCGCAGUGUUGGCAGUGGCGGCGAACCUUUGCCGUUUUAUGAUAACAUGCCUCUGAAAGCUAAAGCUAAUCUCGGUAUGCAUUUAGAAUCCUAUCGUAGCGGAGUCCCCUACAGCUUGCUUACGCCUCCCGGUUUCGAAACCCGAAAUGCUGAAGGACGUGAUUCUUCGCCAGGAUAUUCGUCUCAAUAUUCGCCAAGAAGUCUCGCGCCACCGACGCACGUGUCGACGCCUCUAAUGCGGGCCGACGCCACGCCGCCAAAAUCUCCACCCGAAACACCGUCGUCACCCGACAGAGAACAGGAGCGUUUCCAUGACUCCGGGUUCGACGGCGCGUCACAAGGCAUAAAACAUGACGGCGACGAUGGCCGGGAGGGUUCAGGUUUAGAUGAAGAUUUUGAUGAUGAGCCUGGACUUCGGGUGCCCGCUGUAAACUCUCACGGAAAAGUUAAAACAUUCAAAUGUAAACAAUGUGAGUUUGUUGCGGUAACCAAACUCAGUUUCUGGGAACAUAGUAAAGAGCAUAUCAAACCAGAAAAAAUGCUAUGUUGCAGAAAAUGUCCGUUUGUGACUGAAUACAAACAUCAUCUGGAAUACCACAUGAGAAACCACCUUGGUUCGAAGCCAUUCCAAUGCAGUCAAUGCUCAUAUUCGUGCGUUAACAAGUCCAUGCUCAACUCCCAUCUCAAGUCACACUCGAAUGUAUACCAAUACAGAUGCGCUGAUUGCAAUUACGCUACCAAAUAUUGUCAUUCUCUAAAACUACACUUGCGCAAGUAUCAACACAAUCCGGCUAUGGUUUUAAACAUGGACGGUACACCAAAUCCUUUACCAAUAAUUGAUGUGUACGGUACUCGUCGGGGGCCGAAGCAAAAACCGAUGUCGAAAAUGUUUGAUCAACAAGCUACUAUAAACAACAAUAAUCAACCUCCUUGUGCUCCUCAGUCACAUUCUUUAUUCGGAGCCGCUCAUUUCCCUGUUAAUCUACCUUAUUUACCUCCUCUUCUACCUCAUUCUUUCUUAUUUCCACCGAAUAACAACUACGAAACAAGAACGUCGCCCAAAUCAGCAGGCAUCUCGCCGACUGACAAGCGGCCGCCGUCACCACUUCCUUCAAUCUUGCAUCAACGUCUGUCUUACGGAGACUCAAAUUUGGAUGUUCGAAUGACAACCCCACCUGCCAGGUCUCCAGACGGUUUACCGCAAACACCCACAAUAGAUCAAACCACCUCUACUUGUCAAAGUAACGAUGCACUCGAUCUCACUAAUGCAAAAUCAACCGAAAGUGAAUCGCCGCCGCCAGCUGAACAGCCAACGCCUGUCACUCCUACCUCGGCUUUGAAAAACAGGAGAAAAGGACGCGCUUUCAAACUGCAGCCUGCGGCGCUGCGGCUGCAACAUGAGGAUGAACGCCGAGCUGCGCCGCCCUCCGACUCGGAGUCGGACGCCUCCACCGACGUGGCGCCCGCGCCCGCUCGUGCCCCCGCCUACAGCUGCCACUACUGCGACAUCACUUUCGGGGACCUCACAAUGCAUACCAUCCACAUGGGUUUUCAUGGCUACAACGAUCCCUUCAUGUGCAACAAGUGCGGAGAGCGCAGCGCCGAUCGUGUGGCAUUUUUCAUUCACUUAGGCCGCGCACAACACGCCUAAGAAAUAGAUUAUAUUAUUUCCUCCUAGUCCACGAUUUCAUGUAACACUUGUAGCGAUUAGAUAUAUUUCAAAUUAUAUAUAAAUUAUUCUUAGUGUUCUAAUGAAGGUAUUAUGGGUUGUAAAUCAAUAGGAAAUGUGUAUAGAUAUAAAACCAAAGAUAAAUAAUAUACUUACGGAUUUAAAAUAAGUCAACGUAUCGGAACAUACAUACAAUUAUUAUAUCUCAUUAUGUGAACUGGUACGACGAUAAAAAACAGCUGUACCUAAUCAUUGUACAACUCUUAACCUAAUAAAUGUUUCGUAGUAUC